AAACCUCCCUGUGCACACUACCAGUGGAGGAUAACCAACUCCACCUCACCUUAAAAACAGGUCAAUCGGAAUUUUCACAAUACACUGGCUGUUGGACGGUGCACUAUCUACAAUCACUUCGCUUUGCCCUCGCAUAUCCUCGUUAGGGCCGCGUAUGCUGCACAUUAUUCCAGUCCAGUUGGAGUGUUGGUGUGAAAUAGAAAUUCAAUCCGUAGGAUUUCACUAAACGUAAUCCAAUCAAUACCUACUCGCGGUCAUGUUGGUUUCACCGAAGGCCAUCGGCUUACGGAUGUAAGGCGCGAUCUAACGUCAAUGGUUGGCAUAUCAACGCAUCCCCUAGUCUCGAGACACCUAAAUUAUCUAUCCUACACCCAAUUACUCGCCACGCUCUGGGUGCGCAGAUCACAAGGGAGGAGAAUAAUUAACCUGAGAAGAGUUGCUAUCAAAAGAUACCUAAGGUAACAAGGGAGUCUAACAUUCUUACCUAAGAAACAUAGAUUACAACAUGGCCAACGCCGAAAGGUCCUCUAUUGAUUUUAUCGAAGCUGUGCAGAACGUCCUUGACAGCAAAGAUGAGGCAGCUCGUAAGCAAAUGCUUGGGACUGCCACACAGGCGAUGGCGAUGCUGGAAACCCCUGUUGACGCCAUCUGGAGGCUAAUCAUGUCUCCGCACGCUCCCUCUGCGCUGAUGGCCCUGAUCAAGGCCGGCGUUAUUCAAGAGAUUGCCAAAACCGACUCUUCAACGGCCGACCAGCUUGCUAAAACUACUGGAGCCGACAGACUCCUGAUAGUGCGGCUCUUGCGGCCCUUGAAUGCAUUAGGCAUCGUGAAAGAAAUAAGUCCAGAGGAAUAUGCUCCCACUGCUAUCACGAAGGCUUUGGUAGACCGUGUCCUACUUGGAGGAUAUCAAUUCAUGUUUUCCGCCGCGACACGAUCUUUAGCCAAUCUGCCAUUCUAUCUAGAGAAAACGGGCUUCAAGAAUGUGGAGGGCUCUCCUGGCCCUUUCCAAGAUGCACAUAAUACACAGGAUAAUAUGUUUCCGUGGCUAAUCAAGGACCCGCCAAUGAUGGGGAAUUUCAAUGCAUUUAUGACAGGCCAGCGGAUAGACCGCAAGCAGUGGUUUGACAUCUUCGAUGUCGAGGAUAUCUUGCUCAAAGGGGCUAAAAUAGACCAGGACGCUACAUUGAUGGUUGAUGUCGCUGGAGGCGAGGGCUAUGAUAUCGCCGAAUUUCACAAGCGCUAUCCAGAUGCCCCAGGACGGCUCAUUGUCCAAGAUCUUCCUGCCGUUAUAGACAGCAUUCAGGAUCUUACUCCCAGGGUCGAACGUCAGAAGCAUGACUUUUUCCAGCCACAGCCGAUCAAAGGUGCCAGGUGUUAUUAUUUCCGCUCUAUCCUCCACGAUUGGCCUGAUGCCGAUUGCAUCAAGAUCCUCCAGAACACAGCAGAGGCUAUGACGCCGGGAUACUCGAAAUUACUCCUGUCCGAGUUUGUAUUACCUGCCAGCAAUGUUUCACUUUACCCUGCGUUGCUCGAUGUUAAUAUGAUGGCCGUGCUCAACGCAAUGGAAAGAACAGAAGCUCAAUGGAGUAAGCUACUAGAUGCUGCUGGGCUGGAAGUCGUCAAGUUUUGGUCUUCAGACGCGGAGACUGAGGGCCUCGUUGAGGCUGUGUUGAAAGAUUGAGUCGUUCAAAUUAGGGGUGUGCGAGAUGCCCCCAGUGCCUUCAUUACCUAGGUUGGACUUGUGUUUUCCAUUGAAUCGUAUGAAGGUCUUAUACGAAGUUUAAUCCACCAUUACAGUGUCCCAAAGCUAUGCUAACUGGAAGCAUUAGAAGCUUCCUAGCUUGGAUUCGCUUUCAUUUUAUUUUGCGAGUUCGAGAUAUCUUUAUUAAGGAUCUCCCCCUUCCAUUAAAGGGUUACUCCUUUAUUACGUAAUUUAUCAGCCCCUGCCAAGAAACUCCUAUUUAGGUACCUACUGGAAAGGUAU